AUGAACAACAACAAUCAGUUCUCACGGUUCAAUCUCUUCUUUCGUCUUACCUUCAUCAUUCUCCUUCAUCCUUUAUUUCUGCCAGUGCCGUUACUUCAGGGCGACUUCCGGUGUACUCCUUUGGGUUCUUGCAGACUGCAGCUGCAAGAAUCCAAAGGUACUACCCUACAGUCGCCCUUCAAACAUAGUUUCUCAAGGAUUUUGGAGACUUUGGAUGGCGCAGUGACAGCCACUCCUCCCUUUGAGCGCCCUCCUGGCAGUUCCCUAAUAGCCACUCCUCCCUUUGAGCGCCCUCCAGUUCCCAACGAUUAUACUUACGAAUUUCGGGACUUUGGAUGGCAGUUAGAGCCACUCCUCCCUUUGAGCGCCCUCCAGUUCCCAACUUCCCAACGACUUUGGAUGGCGCAGUUAGAGCCACUCCUCCCUUUGAGCGCCUUCCAGUUCCUUAAACUAUUCUGCUUAUUGGAACUGGGGGUUGCGCAGUGCAUGCCACUUCGCAGUGCAUGCCACUUGUUAGUGGCUCCUGCUUAUUGGGACUGGGGCUCAGCGCAGUGCAUGCCACUUUGCAGUGCAUGCCACUUGUUAGUGGCUCCUGCUUAUUGGGACUGGGGCUCAGCGCAGUGCAUGCCACUUGUCAGUGGCUCCUGCUUCUUGGAAUUGGCGGUAGCGCAGUGCAUGCCACUUGUUAGUGGCUCCUGCUUAUUGGGACUGGGGCUCAGCGCAGUGCAUGCCACUUGUCAGUGGCUCCUGCUUCUUGGAAUUGGCGGUAUCGCAGUGCAUGCCACUUCCUGCUCCAACUUUUUAAUGGUGACUGCUGAACCUGCCGGUACUUUUGUGUGGCAAGUGCUCUCUAGUUAA